AUGUCGGAACAACAGCAAUUUGAUUUGUUAAAACGAAAACGGAAGUCUUUACGCACCGCGGUAACGAAAGCUGUAAACGAUUUAGAAACUGAAUUGGCUAAUGAACAAUUAAAUUCUGAAAAGUUAGAGGAAUUUUCGGAAAUUCUUAAUUGUAAAUUCGAACAAUUGUCUAUAGUUGAUCAACAACUUGAGCCUCUUUUUAAUACAGAUAAUUUUGAGGAAGAAUUUGAAACGGCGCAAGAAUAUAGAGAUAAAGUUUUACUUUGUCUGUUCCGCACUAAAAAGAAAAUUAAUCAUGUUGUUAAGUUAAACUUGGAUAAUUCGUCAUUAGUAGAAAACACGGCUUCGACUAUUCCAACAGAAAACUUUCUUCCCCAGAAUGUUGAAAGUAUCAAAAUUAAAAUCCCCAAAUAUCAUAUAGCCAGAUUUUUUGGCGAUGAUGCCUCUAAGUGGCUGACAUUUUGGAACAGUUUUGAAACGGCUGUACAUAACAAUGAGUCAUUAAAUAAAGUCGACAAAUUUAAUUAUUUAAAGGCUCAUCUUGGAGGAUCUGCAUUAAAUACCGUAGAAGGAUUCCCUAUUUCAGCAGCUGCGUACGAUGAAGCAGUUCAAUUAUUGAAAGAACGAUUUGCAAGUACUGAAGUAUUGGUUCAAGCCCAUAUGAAUAAAAUAUUAUCUUUACCACCAUUAAAAGAUUCUAACGACAUUCGGUCCUUCCGACAAUUUGUUGAUAACUGUAAUGUUCAAUUGAGAAGUUUGGAGUCUUUAGGAAUUUCAACCUCACAAUAUGGAAGUAUCUUGUGUCCAAUAAUCAUGAAACUUAUUCCGGCUGAUUUACUUUUAGAAUACAAUAAAUCAGAAAAACAAAAUUCAGGUUCUAAAAUUGAGGAACUGUUAUCCUUCAUUACUCAUGCCUUAGCUGCCAGAGAAAAAACGCAGUCUAUUAACAAAACAAAUAAAUCGUGUAUUGAAUUGCGUAAUCGACGUAUGGAGUUUAAAUCCCAUGAUCGCGAAAAUAAAAGAAUAAAUCAAAAAGGUAUCUCUACUGCUACUGCUAAUGAACUGUUAGUGACUCCUCUCAAUGAAAAUAGAAACAAAACGAAGAAUAGCUGUGUCUUUUGUGAAUCGAUGACUCAUACUACGAAUAGCUGUGGACGUGCGAUGACAGAUCUUUCUCUACAGGAAAGAAAGAAUAUUUUAUUGCGAAACGGUUGCUGUUUCAAUUGCCUUAAAAUAGAUCGGCAUCUUAGUAGGAAUUGUCCCAUAAAUAAAACGAAAUGUGAAUUUUGUUCAGGAUUACAUCACAAAUUUUUAUGUUUUAGACAGCAACACAUAGAAAGAAAAAAUCUGGUUCAGACUGGGUCGACAGAUCUAGGUAAUCAGAGUGAAGGAGAAGUUUUUUUACAAACUUUGGUUGUUUACAUCAAAAAUGGUAAUUGUGAAAGGCUAGUAAGGGCAAUUUUAGAUACCGGAAGUCAGAAGAGUUAUGUUUCGCAAUACAUUGCUAAAACUUUGGGUUUGAAGAGCCUAGGAAAACACAAGGUAACGCAUGGACUUUUUGGCGGUCAACAAAUGACUGAAGUGCAUGAUAGAUAUUCUAUUAAAUUAUGUAGUCUGGAUAGAACUUUUGAUUUUACUUUGGAAGUUAACGAUCAGAAGAAUAUAUGUUUAGGAAUAUCUAGAAUUACUGACCAUCGUAUUUUAAAGAAAUUAGAGCAACUUGAUAUUUUUAUAAGUGAUUCUACUGUGAAUAACAAGCAUUGCAUUUUUGAUAAAAACGUUGAUGAAAUUCAUAUUUUGUUAGGAGCGGACAUAAUAGGAAAACUAUUUACGGGUGAGAUUAAACAAGUAUCUAAAGGUCUCACAGCAGUAAAUACAAAAUUGGGAUGGACUGUUAUGGGAAAAUCGAACUCUAAAUCCACUUUUGAAUCCAAAAAUUCAUUACUGGUGCAUUCUUUGCUUACAAAUCAGACAAAAAUUUCGGACCUAUGGGAAUUAGAUUCUUUGGGAAUUAAGGAUCCAAGUGAAAAGAAAACGAAACUUGAGUUGCAAGAUCUUACUUUAAAACAUUUUGAGAAUACGGUCUCGCAAAAUGAAGAUGGUAGAUAUUAUGUAUACAUUCCUUGGAUCGAUGGACAUGAUAAACUUAGUGAUAAUUUUCAACUAGCCGAAAGAAGGUUGAAAAAUACUGUAAGAUCUCUAAAAGGUAAUGGUAGACUAUUAGAUUAUGAGCAAGUGUUUUUUGAAUGGGAAAAUGAGGGGAUUAUUGAAAGGGUUAAUGAAAAUGAUCAUGACAAAAAUAAGAAAAUUCAUUACCUACCACACAGACCUGUGUUCAAAGAAAACUCUACAACCAAAAUCCGCCCUGUAUUUGAUGGGUCCGCUCGUCAUGGACACUUUUGUUCUCUGAACUCUUGCAUUGAACCAGGACCUAAUUUAAUUGAAAUAAUACCUGCAAUCUUGAAUAGGUUUCGUUUAAGAAAGAUAGGAGUAAUAUCGGAUAUUCGUAAAGCAUUCUUGCAAAUCGCUUUACACGAAAACGAUAGGAACUUUCUACGUUUUUUGUGGUGGGAAGGUGGCGAUCAUGAAAAGGUUAUUAUUUAUAGACAUUGUCGAGUAGUCUUUGGAGUAUCAUGCAGUCCCUUCCUGCUAGCUGCAGUAUUAAAUUUUCAUCUAAAACGGGCACCUGAGCAUUUGAAAGCUGCAGCUGAAAAGCUACUAGACUCUAUGUACGUUGACAAUUGCGUAACGAGUGUGGAAACAUUCGAAGAAUACUUGUCUUUUCAACGAGACUCUAGAGAAUUGUUGGCAUUAGGAAAUUUCGACUUACGUGGUUGGAGACAUAGUAACAUGCAUUCACCUAUUUUGGAGGAAAGCAUUGAACAACAUGAUCUCUAUUCGCCCGAGGUACAAGUUCUUGGUCUUUUGUGGAAUGUGGAAAGAGAUACUUUGUCCGUCUCUUUCAAAGAGCCCGUUCUUGAAGAAGGACCCGUUUCGAAAAGAAAAAUACUUUCCAUUACUCAUCGAAUUUUUGACCCAAUUGGAGUCACCUGCCCUGUCACUCUAAUUCCCAAACUGAUUCUGCAAGAGUGCUGGAAGAUGGAAGCGUCUUGGGAUUCUCCAUUGCCUUAA